UGUCUGUCUGUCUGUCUAUCUAUCUAUCUGUCCCUCGCCCCAAGUGUUACUAUUAUUAAUCUUAAUCGAUACAAACAUUGAAAACUGCAUCCGUUAGCAUAGCUCUGUGGGCUACUAUAAAUGUUACUUGCUAAGCUCAAAUCACCCAGUAGGCUAAACUAAGACCGUUUAGUAUGCAGUUUAUCAGUAGGCAAUAUUUAUUUUGACUUCCUUAAGGGUCACAAUAUAUAUGAUGUCUAGUUCCUCAUACUAUCAAAAUAAACUUGAAUUCAGCCUUCACUAAAAUCAAUGCUGACGGCCUCGAAUACGUUCGCGCAUGCGCAGAUGUGCGGGCCUCCUCUGAGCGGGUCGCGAACUCUGACCUCCUUUAGCUGCAGUGAGCCGUCACUUUACAAUAAUUUAUCGUAACGCCGCGGGAUUUGGAUAAUAACCCGCGCAUUAAGGGUGGGUGUGCAGCUGAUGGGGCAUUGCUAGCCAUUUUCUGAAGAAUUGGCAUCAUGGAAGGAGAAAGUCCCAGAAUUCAGCUGGUCUCUGCAGAUGGUGGCCUACAGAUUGUGACCGAGCAACAGUUGGCCCAGAAAGUGCAAAUAGUCACGGCCAUUGAUCAGGCUGGAGCUGGAAAGCAGCAGUUUAUAUUAGCUAACCUGGACUACCCCAAUCAAGAGAAACUGUUCAUCAAACAGGAGAACUCACCAGCCAAGGUCAUCCUAACCUCUUCCGAUGGCUCAGCCGUCAAUCAACUGCUUUUCGCAUCACCUGAACUAUCAGGACAACAAAUCCAGUUUGUUACAGAUGGCUCAGAUCAGGGCUCGAUGAAGCCUCCAGUGGAGUACUGUGUAGUUUGUGGAGACAAGGCUUCAGGUCGUCACUAUGGUGCAGUGAGCUGUGAGGGCUGUAAAGGUUUCUUCAAGCGCAGCAUCAGGAAGAAUCUGGUGUACACGUGCCGUGGGUCUGGAGAGUGUGUCAUCAAUAAACACCAUCGCAACCGCUGUCAGUACUGCAGACUGCAGCGCUGCAUGGCGCUCGGCAUGAAACAAGACUCUGUUCAGUGUGAGAGGAAACCAGUGGAGGUGUCGAGAGAGAAGCCAGCAAACUGUGCGCCCUCUAUUGAAAAGAUCUACAUCCGCAAAAACCUAUGCAGCCCUCUCGCUGCAAUGCCAACGUUUGUCAGCCAAAAAGAAAGCACUAGGCCCACUAGUUUACUGGACUCCAACAUGCUCUUGAAUAUCCAGCAGUCCAUUUCCAAACUUGACAACACUAUUUUAAUUCCUUCUUCACCAGAUCAGAAUGAUUCCAGUCAGGGAGAUCUGGGAACUCUGGCCAACGUGGUCACAUCUCUCGGUCACCUCAACAAAAGUCGGGAGAUGAUGGACAGCAGUACUGACCUAUCAGGAAUCGAUACCAUGAGUAACGAUGACAGCGUUAUGACAGACAUUCAGAGGGAGGAGUCAAAUGACGUUACUCGAGCUUUUGACACGCUCACAAAGGUGCUAAAGGCUGAGGAGAGUUGUGGAGAAGAGGUGGCUGAUGGGGCUGUGGCUGUUAGGGAUGACGAACAGACCUCCGCGCUGCUAGAACUAGAAGGACCGCUACUCUCAGAUAUGCACGUGCCCUUUAAGCUGAUGAUGCCGCUGCCCAUGCCGGAUUUCCUAAAUCUGAAUUACAUCUGUGAAUCAGCUUCCCGUCUGCUUUUCCUCUCCAUGCACUGGGCUCGAUCGAUUCCAGCUUUCCAGGCUCUCGGCUCAGAGAACGGCAUCACACUGAUGAAGGCCUGUUGGAAUGAGUUGUUCGCCUUAGGUUUGGCUCAGUGUUCACAUAUUAUGAAUGUAGAAACCAUCCUCACGGCCAUAAUCAACCACUUACAGACCAGCUUGGAUGAAGAAAAACUGUCUCCAGAGCGGGUGAAGCAAGUCAUGGAGCAUAUCUGGCGCAUGCAGGAAUUUUGUAACAGUAUGAGUCGCAUGAGUCCUGAUGCCUAUGAAUAUGCUUACCUCAAAGCUGUGGUCCUCUUUAGUCCAGAUCACUCAGCCGUAGAUGGCACACUUCAGAUUGAACGAUUUCAGGAAAAAGCCUAUAUGGAACUUCAGGAUUAUGUGAGCAAAGUGUAUCCAGAGGACACGUAUCGUCUUUCAAAGUUGUUAGUUCGUCUGCCGGCUCUGCGCCUCAUGAGCGCAGCAGUCACCGAAGAGCUGUUUUUCGCAGGCCUCAUUGGCAACGUCCAGAUCGACAGCAUCAUUCCGUACAUCCUCAAAAUGGAAUCUACCGACUACAACAGCCAGCCAAUCAGCGGCGUCGAGUGACGAACCCCGCCCACAGCCUCACCCAUCAGCUUUAACAUGUCUCCGGCUUUGCACAUUCAGACGCUUUAUGAUAUAAUCAUACGAAUUUUGAAUGAGAAAAUCAUUUUGUUAUGACUUUGCUUUUUCAUUUUGGUCAGUGAUCGUGUCUAUGGGUUUUGUAAUAUGGAUUACCACAACUGUUGUGGUUCAGUCCUUCGGGCUUUUAUUGUAUUGCUGUAAUUAUGUUUAAAAAGUGUCUAUGAAGACACAGAAGUGCAAGAACAUGUUCUGGAGAACUUGUUCCAGAAACCUUCCCCCCCAAAAGCACUGACUUUCUCUGUAUAUGAAUUGUGUAUAUAGGACUAAUAAUAAAUGUCAAAUCAAGGACAAAAAUGUGUAUAUUUUUAUUUUUGUUUUUUUUAUGUUCAGGAAAUGUUGUCAUUGUUUUCUAUUUAUUAUCUUAUAUAUUUCAUUGGCUAAUCCUUACUCUGAGCGUGCAAUCAUUGUGAAAAAUCAUUUAGUAAUCACUAUUGAAUAGAAAAGUCUUUUGGACAAUCAUGAGGAAUUUUCCGAUUAUUUCUUUCAGAACCUUGUGAACUCUGUAAAGUUUAAAUAUAUAUUUGUGUUGUUGUUUUUUAUUAUUAUUAUUAUUAAAGGUUGAAAUCUGUUUUCGGAAACAA